AUGUUCACGGGCCCACGAGAGCCUUCGCUGACGCUGCCGCAGCUCACCAUCAAAGAAUACGAGCAGGAUUCUGUCUACCACAUCGAUAUCACCUCGGUCGCAAGUGGCCUGUCAACAACACAGGAGAAUCGCACUCUCGACUGGAACGAGCGAGAUCAUGCAGACAGGAUCUUUGGAAACGUCAAAGGAAGAAGUCGAUGGUGGAAAACAGGAGAGUUUGAAAAGCUAACCCCUGGAGGCGAAGAGGUGGCAGGAUUCCUCCGGGCCGAGACGCUCAAGGACGGCAAAACAGCCUCGAAGUUCCUGGACGAUGAACAUGUACAAAGCUGGGCGAAAAACGUGGACAGCGGUGGCGGUUGGACAGCAGAGCAAAACUGGGGAUUCGAAGAGAUUGAAGAGAAGAGGUACUACACGCGACGGGUUGUGGUUGAGAAGGAAGGCAGUGUGCAGAUGGCAAGGCUGGUAUACAAUUACACAGGCAAGGUCGAGAAGAAAGAAGAAGAAGAUGACCAGGACCUGGCAUAUGGCGAGGAAUCGUAA